GAAAGAAGUGCGCUGAGUGUUUGAUUUUUCUUCCUUCUUCCACUUUUUUAUAUUUUUCUUCCCCUCUCUCUCCUCCGAAAUUUCAGAAUUUUCGAAAGCAAAAAAAAACAGAGACAGAUAGGGAGAGAGAGGAACAACAAACAAACCCUCAUUUCCUCCUCCUCCUUCUUCUUCUUUGCGAUAUUCGCAGACAAAUUUCGAUUCUUCUUCGUCUUUCUAUUUUCUCAUUUCAUCUCUCUUUCUUUCUGUCUCUGACAUCACUUUGCUCAGAUCUGACCAAAUCCACUGACAAUUUUUUUAAGGAGAAGAUUUUGAGGUUAAGUGCGCUUGAGGUGGACUUGGUUUUGCAACUGCACAGGUCAUGAAGAAGGCCUUUGAUCAAACUGUCAGGGACCUUAAAAGGGAGGUGAACAAGAAAGUUCUUAAAGUUCCUGGCGUAGAACAGAAGGUUCUCGAUGCCACGAGCAAUGAACCAUGGGGUCCUCAUGGAUCAAAUCUGUCAGAUAUUGCACAGGCUACCAGAAACUAUCAUGAAUAUCAAAUGAUAAUGGCUGUGCUUUGGAAGCGAAUCAAUGAUACUGGCAAAAAUUGGCGCCAUGUGUACAAGGCAUUGACUGUUCUUGAGUACCUGGUGGGACAUGGGUCUGAACGUGUUAUAGAUGAAAUCAAGGAACAUGCGUACCAAAUUUCGACAUUAUCCGAUUUUCAAUAUAUUGAUUCCAGUGGGAGGGACCAGGGAAGUAAUGUCAGAAAGAAAUCUCAGUCUUUAGUGGCACUAGUGAAUGAUAAAGAAAGAAUUCAAGAAGCCAGACAGAAAGCUCUUGCCAACAGGGAGAAGUUUCGCAGCACAAACUCACCCGGAGGAAUGUAUAGACCCGGUUCAGGAGGUUAUGGGGACGAGGAUCGCUAUGGAAGUAGAGACGAUGACCGAAAUGGUUAUGGGAGAGAAAGAGAAUAUGGCUAUAAGGAUGAUGACAGAAGCGGUAGAGGCGGUGAUUCAUACAGUCGUGAUGGAGACCGUUAUGGUAGAGAUUCUGAUGGUGGUUACAAGGAUGAUGAUUAUAAUAGAGGAAGAAGUCGAAGUAAUGAAGACUUUCAGUCUGGCCAGAGAAGUAGGAGUUCUGACAGAUACAGGGAGCGUGGUUAUGAUGAUGAUCGGUAUUCAUCAAGAAGCAGUGAUGCUAGAGCUGAAGACCAUUCUCAGAAUGAAAGGGGGCUUGAACGGAAGUUUUCUGAACAAAAUAUUGGUGCACCCCCUAGUUAUGAAGAAGCAGUAAGUGAUGCUCGGAGCCCUGUACAUGAUGAAAGGGAUGGAGAUACUCCCGUAGUGGAAACUACUGCCAAAGCAUCGUCUCCAACUGGAAGCACAACUCACAGUCCUGGAGCCAGCGAACCUGGUACAACUGCCGCUCCUGCAAACCAAGAACCUAGUACUUUUGAUGAAUUUGACCCUCGCAGUUUUGCUCCAGCUGCUGCACCUCCUGCAAGUAAUGGAGACAUGGAUCUACUUGGUUCCCUCUCGGAUGCUCUGGCUAUCGUCCCCUCAACUUCUACAACCGCAACAUCUGAAGCUGAAAUUCCCACCGAGUCUGCUCCAGGGUCCACAUUCAUAGCACUAUCAUCAGCAUCAACUGUACUGAGCCAGCCUAUCGAAGACCCAUUCGGUGAGACUCCCUUCAAGGCUAUACCUUCGGCAGAAAAUAACCAACCACCGCAGGAUUUUUCUUCCCCAGCCAACUUCCAAUCUAGUGCAGUGGCCCAAAGCUCGGAAACCUUCCAACCAGCCCCACCACAGAUGCAACUAACUUCGUCUGGCUUUGAUUUCGGAGACACGUUUGAAGGCCUCAGUUUUGCCCCUUCCGAUGUCUCCAAUGUUCAAUUUACUUCUACAAGCUCUCAAUUCUCUUCACCAGAGCUGCAAAAUGAUGAUGUUUUAGCAGACAUCCUCCCACCUUCAGGGCCAGCUUCUCAAGGAUCUCCGUUUUUAGCUUUACCAGCUCCAACAGGACCACCCUCACAGGCAGGUGUUCCUGUGAACAACUUCCCUGCACAUUCGGGGUAUGGAGCUCCGCAGUCACAAGGAUCUUUUAAUGCUCCUCAAAACCCAUAUGGAGUGCCACAGGGACCUUUUGGUGCUGUAGGAGGUCCUUCACAGCCAAAUAUUCCUGGACACUUCCCUCCUCAGUCUGGGUAUGGAGCUCCAGUUGCCUCACAUGGAGGUUUUAAUGCUCCAAGUGGACCACAUAUGCAGUCAGGUGUUCCUGCGAACAUCUUUCCUGCACAGUCCGCAUAUGGUGCACCAGUAGCCUCACAGGGUGGUUUUAGUGCUCCAAAUGGAUCAGCCCCCCAGCAAAACACUAAUGCCAUGGGGAGUUAUUACCAGCAGACAGGACCUACACCCCCAGCAACUUCACAGGCAACCACUCUUUCCAUUCCAACAGUACAACCUGCCAAACCUCAACAAAAGGACAGCAAAUUUGAGACCAAAUCAACAGUUUGGGCUGAUACACUUAGCCGAGGGCUUGUAAAUUUGAAUAUAUCUGGACCUAAAACCAAUCCUCUGGCGGAUAUUGGAGUUGAUUUCGAUUCUAUCAAUCGUAGGGAGAAGAGAGAGAAACCUGUUCCACAAACCGCUGUAACCUCUACAAUCAACAUGGGUAAAGCUAUGGGAUCUGGUUCUGGAAUGGGACGUGCAGGUGCAAGCGCCCUUGCUGCUCCUCCUAACCCUAUGAUGACCGCAGGUAUUGGUAUGGGUAUGGGUGGUGGCGGAGGAAUGCAAGGCAUGGGUAUGGGAGGUUAUGGUGGCAUGACCCAGCAGCCUGGUAUGGGUAUGCCAAUGGGGAUGAACAACAUGGGUGGCAUGCCGAUGGGCAUGAACAACAUGGGCAUGCAGAUGGGGAUGAACAAUAUGGGUGGCAUGCAGAUGGGCAUGAACAAUAUGGGUGGCGUGAUGGGAGGACAAAUGCGACCGCCUCAGCAAGGUCCUCCAAUGGCAGGCUACAAUCCUGCGAUGGGAGGCGGUUAUCCUCCUCAAAACCCGUAUGGUGGUUAUAGAUGAGCUCCAAUACUGUAAACAAGAUAGGUACGCGAUUAUGUUUAUUGCCUUAAGGGGGAAAAGGAAGCCGGUGCUAGUAACAGCAGGUUACACUUACUACUAUAUACACACACCCAAUAUAGUGGAUAUUCAAAUUCUCAGGGAUUGUGAACUUCUGAUUCGUCAUCACUUGUAUUAGUUUUGUCAGAAAAUUGCUGAGUGUACCCUAUAUGUUCGGAUCAUGCUCAUAGCUUUUGGUUUUCUUCCUCCCCCAUUUUUUUGAGUUUCCAGAGUUGUUAUUAGGGUUGAUGUUGCUUUCAGCUGUUGUUAAAGUUUGUGUAUGAGAGAAAGAGGAGAGGUAAAAAAAAGGUGACCUAUCUCAGGUUAUCUUUUCAAUGACUAUUGCAAAGAUUCUUAUGGUAUGGUAUACCUUCUGAUGAACAAUAAAAUUGAUUAAAUUCUUUUGUGUA